AUGGGUCUGCCGGAUUUGACGGAGGUGCGCGCGGAGCGCGACGUGCUGCAGGCGCGCAUGUCGGAGCAGGCGCUGCGCAUCUCGUCGCUGGCGGCGCGCCUGCAGCGCCAGCGCAACGACGCGCACGCGCUGGCGCACGCCGCCGCCAGCGACCUCGGCGUGCGUCUGCACGACGCGCACGCGGAGGUACAGAGGUUGAAAGAAGAGUUAGAGGCCAAAGACAAACAAUUGACGAGAUUAAAGCAGAAUCUAGAAGAAAGAGACAAGAAUAGCGAUCAACAGUUACCAAUUUAUGGAAACUCCUGUAAUCCAAAGGACAAAGUGAUGAUCCUGGAGCGCGAGCUGUCGGCGGCGCGCGCGGACGCGGCGCGGCUGCAGGCGGCGCUGGCCGCGCGCGACCGCCGGCUCGACGACAUCAUGGCGCUCAAACUAGAAGACGAACAAAGCCAGAAGAGCGAAGUUAUGGAGAACAAAGCGUCCGCGCGCACUUUAAGCGACAUCGUCUCUAUAUCGGACUAUGACGAACAAGACAUGCAGAUGCGACGAGCCGAACUCAAGUCUCAAAACACCAGUUUAACACACGACUUCAAAGACGGAACGAACCUGAACAAAACGCUUCCCCCAGAAGUGCCAAAGCCCAGCAUGAGCUCCCUCAACAUCGAGGACGCGGAGCCCCCGGACGCUGGCGCGGACUCGCCCCGCGCGGACUCGCUGCCGGCGCACCUCACCUCCACACAGAAUAGAGAUAUAUACAAAAGGAAUGCAAAUGAAACGAUGUUAUUUGGCGCUAUCGACAAAUUUGGAGAUAGCGUCAAGCAUUCCACCGCUCAAAAUAUACAAGAUAAUUGCUCAAUGUACCCGAAUAGAGAUGUUAGCGAUGGUAAAAAUAUUAGCGUGGAACCGAAGAAGAUCAACUUCUCCCUAGAACAAUCCGAUAACAGAACGCAAGACGAGGAGUUCACGUCGUUACGUGAAUUGGGCAUCACGUUGGAUGUCAAACAGGAGAACUUUCCCGAUAUACUGACGCAACUCAAACAUGAGAUAAAGAAGUCUAGAAAUGAAUUAGAAGCUUGUAAAUCUGAGCUCAAAAAUGCAGAGGAACAGCUCUGUGAAUUUCCAGCACUUAAAGAAGAAGUCGAAGAACUGAAAGGCCUUCUAGAAAAUACCAUGGCAACUAUGGAAAACGAUAAAAAAUUCUAUGAGAACCAAUUGGAAAAUUUCUCCUCUAAUAAGAAACUUCUAGAGCAAAGACUAAGCGAACUCACACAAGACGCGGCUGAAAAGGCUAAUGACUUACACUUAUUAAAAGAGGAUAUUCUGCGCCGCGAGAAUAUGAUACUUGAACUCGCUAAAGAAAAACGCAACUUGACGAACAAAAUAACUGAAUUGGAAACCAAAAUAAGUGAACUGCAAUCGCGGAACACGGCAUUGGAAAAAUGUGAAACAGAAAACAAACAAUUAAGAGAUAAAAUAAACGAGCUAAAAAAACUAGAACAAUUAGUUUCCGAGAAGAAUCAACAGAUAGACAGCCUCAAUCAGCACUUGGAUCGAUUAGAUGACUUGCAAAGAUGCCUCAACGAUAAAACAGAGGAAAUGGAAAACUUAAAGGAAGCUUUGGAUGAGAAAAGUAACGAAUUGUUCCAAAUGCAAGAUUCAGUGGCCACAUUAAACCGCGACAUCGCCAAAGUCAUAGAAGAAAACGAUCAGCUGAGCUAUGAAAAUAAAGAUUUGAAACUCAAACUAACUAAAAUAGAGAAGGAACAAGAAAACGCAUCGCUGAAACUACAGAACAGCGAGACAGAGUUAGAAAGGCUCAACUCUUUAAAUAAUGAACUCACAUCCAGAAUAGACGAACUGAAGGAACUGAACGUUAAACUAAAAGAUAAAGAGACCGAAAUAGAAAUUCUUCACGAGGACAUAAACUCUUACCACAAUGAGAUAGCAUUAUUGAAGGAGCAACUAAAAAUGGCAUCAAGGAGUCCGUCGCCGCGGAACAAGGGCGAGGAGAAGUCCCCGGCGGAGCGCGCGGCCGGCGACGAUAAGAAGCAGCUGGUCAGAAUCAAAAAGCAAAUUUCGUUAUUGCAACACGAACUCGAUUUUCAUAAGAAGGAGCUGAACGAUAAGGCCUUCGAGCUGGCGAGAGCGAAGCUGGACGUGACAGAGGCGCGUGCGGCGGCGGCGCAGCUGGCCGCCAGCGAGCGCGAGCGCGCGCGCCUGCAGGCGCAGCUCGCCGCCGUCUCCGACCGGUUGCGAGAAGAGUCAAAUAUAAGUGAAUUAAAAGAAAAGUUGCGCGAUAAAGCUGAAAAAUGUCAAGAACUCGAAGCAGAGCUGGCGAACAUGAGGGAAAUGGUCGAAAGAACGCGGCAGUCCCCGUCCGCGGCGGGCGCGGCGGCGGCGGCGCGCGCGCUGGCGGCGCGCUCGCCCACGGCCGAGCUGGAGCGCGCGCUGCGCGACCAGCUCACCUACUCGCACGCGCUCGACGACGACAUCAUGGACCAGAUUUUAUCAGCGAGCAGUGAUGAAAGAGACGACAUACCAAUGCUCGCUUUGAACAGUUCCAACCGGUCCACGAGCUCGUCCGCUGCGCAGUCUUCGGCGGAGCACGAGCGCCUGCGCCUGCAGCUCGCGCACCUGCAGGCGCGCCUCGGCGACAAGGACGCACUCAUCGCGGAGCUCACCAGGGUGCGCGACGCGGCGAGCGCGGAGGCGGCGGCGGCGCGGCUGCGGCUGCAGGCGGAGCGCGACAACGCCGCGCGCCUCGCGCUGCUGCUCGACGCGCACAAGGACUCCGCCGACACGCUGCACAGCCAAGACUCGAACAUGAUCGAGAUGCUGAAGCGUCGGCUGGAGAGCGCGAUGCGGUCGGAGCAGGAGGUGCAGGAGCGCGAGCGCGCGCUGCUGCGGCGCCUGGCCGCGCUGGAGCGCGCGCAGCCGCCCGCCGCGCCCGCGCAGCAGGACGACCUAUUGCGACAAGAGAAGGAGAACAGCGAGCGGCUGUCGGGCGAGGUGUCGCUGCUGCGCGCGCGGCUGGAGCGCGAGGCGCGGCGCGGCGCCGAGCUGCAGGCGGCGCUGGACGCGGCGCGCGCGCAGGCGCGGCGCGACGCCGACGCGCACGCCCAGCGCGCCGCCGCGCUGCGCGCCGACCUCGUCGAGCUGCGCAGGCUAAAGCACGAGGCGGGAGUGGAGCUGGCGCGCACCAAGGAGCUGCUGCACACGCAGAGCGCCACCAUCAUACAGCUGGAGAAGAAGCUCAACGACGGCAGAAAUAAGAGUAAUGAUACAUUCACGGAGAUAGAGAAGGAGAAGUGCGAGUUGGCGCGCGAGAUGGCGACGCUGCGGCGCUGCCUCGGCGACGCGCCCGAGCUGCUGCGGCUGCGGCGCGCGCUCGCCGACCGGGACCAGGCCAUGUUUAUU